GUCCACUUCUCUAUGCCACCCAUGGAUGUCACUGCGGGUAAAUCGUAGGUUCGUUCAAUCCCAGGCUGACGGAUGCCUCUGCCAACAGUCCGUCUACUACAACGCCCGUUUUCAUUAUUACUACGCCCCAUUUGCCUUACUUUCAUGAGCGGUAUCGGAUUGUGCCAGGUUCCUACCGUACCUCUAUUCCGAUCUCCACGAUUCAUCACCCUCUGCUCCUCCAUAAAGGCAUCAGCUUCAAACUGGCGUAGCUGCCAUUUCAUUGAUUUGCUUCGUCAUCUCUGUCACCCGAGACAGGUAAAUAGGGAAGCAGGUAACAAAAUAGUAUACCGCCAGCCACUACAAAAGUGACACUAUUCACAUUACAUCUACAUCUAUCACUGUCCCCCCUUAAACUUCUUUGAAUGUAUUAUCAAAGGAAUACAUGAAGAAUAAGAAUAAUCGGAAUACUAAU